CGCUCCAUGGCGGCCACUGCCUGUGACGGUCUGGCCUCCACCGGCAUCGACGAGGCGGACGAGGCGGUCCGGGGGACGUGCGAGGAUGCGUCCGUCUGCAAACGGUUUGCUGUAAGUGUUGGCUACUGGAAGGACCCUUACAUCCAGUAUUUUGUGAGACAAGCCAAAGAAAGAAAAGCACCUGAAAUCAAUAGAGGCUAUUACGCCCGUGUCCAUGGAGUCAGUUACCUGAUUAAAGCUUUCCUGAAGAAGACAGAAUGCAACUGUCAGAUUGUAAAUCUGGGGGCUGGCAUGGACACCUUGUUCUGGAGAUUGAAGGAUGAAAAUCUUCUCCCUAGAAAAUAUUUUGAAGUGGAUUUUCCAAUGAUAGUUGCAAGAAAAAUACAUCACAUCAAAUCAAAACCUCCCCUGUCAAAACCAAUUAUGGAAUCCCAUUCAGGGGACUCUCUUCUAAUAGACUCUCACAGCCUGGACUCCAGUCGAUAUUCCAUACAAGGAGCAGACCUCCGUUUCUCAUCAGAGCUGGAGGAAAAGCUAAAGAAGCAUAACCUGGAUGUACAUUUGCCAACGCUGCUGGUAGCAGAGUGUGUGCUGGUUUACAUGACCCCACAGCAGUCUGCGAGCCUCCUGAAGUGGGCAGCCAGCACCUUCCCAGUGGCGAUGUUCAUCAACUAUGAGCAGGUGAACAUGACAGACCGGUUUGGACAGAUCAUGAUUGAGAACCUGCAGAGACGACAGUGUAACCUGGCUGGGGUGGAGGUCUGCAAGUCCUUAGACUCUCAGAGGGAACGAUUGCUGCUAAAUGGCUGGGAAACUGCACAUGCCAUUGAUAUGAUGAAAGUGUACAGCUUUUUGCCACAGGCCGAUGUCAAAAGGAUAGAAGGACUUGAAUUCCUAGAUGAAAAGGAGCUGUUUGAACAACUAAUGCAGCACUACUGCAUCUGCUGGGCUUCAAAGGACAGCAGCAAUCUGGGUCUUGCAAACAUCGCGUUCUGAUGGGCUUGCUGAAGGGAAGCUGAGCCCAGAAGCCACAGUGACUGCCUUCUGCCUUCUGCUGGAGACAAGAUCACAGAAAUGAUGGGACUUUGCAUGUGCCAGCUUCCAUCUGGCCUCUGUGCAAGCAGUGCCAGUGCAGGAGGUGAUGGGUGCUGCAGGUGUCACUGCCCUGUUGGCUUUUGGGAGUUCUAAUGGACUGUUGGCACCCAUUGGGAGCAAUUGUUACCAGGCAAGACUUUCCCCCCUUUCCCAGAUACACAAUGAUGGACUUCCAUAAGAUGUCAGUAACUCCUGUUUAAAAGUUUGCCUUCCUUAGUUUAAAACUGGAAGUGAAGUGUUCUGGAUGAUACCAUUUUCCUCUUUUUGUCUUCUUGUGGAUGUGUAAAAUGUAUUUGUGACAGGAAGCUGGAAAGCGCACGCUGGUGAGCUGCGUUAUUGGGUAUCUCUGCACUGUGCAUGGCUGAUCAUGAAAGUUAAAUCCUGUUCAUUCUCAUUAUGUGGAGGUUUCAUUUUUAUGCAGUGCCACCGUGUCAGCUUUCUCCAGGCUUUAGUGGUGCUGCAGGGCUCUCACUGUACUGGGUGUGUUCCUGUAGUUCGGAAAGAAGAAGGGGAGGUGUGGGUCUUGGUCAGUGAUGUACAAGAAGCUGGGUGAUGUGAAAGUAGGCUUUAUUUAACUGGGAAGGGCUUAGCUUGGCAGUUCACACUGGGCUGGUGAAGGUAAGAAAGAGAUGACUCUAAAUUUGCACUGCUUCUGGUAGUAUCUUUACACCAGUUUCUCAUUCUUCUUUUCCCUUAAACAAAACAAAAUCCCAACAGCAGUGAAAGACCUUUCCCUAUUGUUUGAGAUGGAAUCUUGCAACCUUCCUAUGAGAAAAACAAUAAAUGUUUAGUAUUUAUAA